GCAUUUGGAGUGUUCGUUCUAAAAAUAGAUUUCUAAAAAUAGAAAACAUAGCAGGAAGGAAGCUAAGCAGGAAUACGCACGCGCAAUCGCAGUAUCCGGUAUCCACCGUGAAUAAUUUGACAGAAAUUGAGCCUACACCCUGUGAAUUUUUUGAAGGUUGAGGUCUUUAGAAAUAUAUAAUGCAGACAAUCAAGUGUGUGGUUGUUGGUGAUGGGGCUGUUGGUAAAACUUGUCUCCUGAUCUCAUAUACAACAAACAAAUUCCCAUCGGAAUAUGUUCCAACAGUGUUUGACAAUUAUGCUGUUACUGUUAUGAUUGGAGGUGAGCCGUAUACCCUUGGUUUGUUUGAUACGGCGGGACAGGAAGACUACGACAGGCUGCGUCCCCUCAGUUACCCACAGACAGAUGUGUUCCUAGUCUGCUUCUCAGUCGUAUCUCCAUCUUCAUUUGAAAAUGUGAAGGAAAAGUGGGUACCUGAAAUUACACAUCAUUGUCAGAAGACACCAUUCUUGCUAGUUGGAACACAAAUAGAUUUACGGGACGAUGCAUCAACUAUAGAGAAAUUAGCAAAGAACAGACAGAAACCAGUCUCAUCAGAACAAGGGGAGAGAUUGGCUCGUGAAUUAAGAGCUGUGAAAUAUGUAGAAUGUUCUGCUCUAACACAGAAAGGACUGAAGAAUGUAUUUGACGAGGCAAUUUUAGCAGCACUUGAGCCCCCAGAACCACAGAAGAAAAGGAAAUGCGUACUACUUUAAUACAGAAAUGUUUUUGUGUUUAGCAAUUUCAAUUACUAUCUCAUUAUGACACUUUUUAAACUAGAGGAUUUUUGUAAUGUCAGAAUAUUCAGUGAUUUAUUGCAUUGAUAAGUAAUGGGGAUUGAAAUAAAAAAUAGGUGAUGAUGGAUAAUUGGCAGUGUAAUUUGCUAACCUAUUCUGUGUCCAUUCAGCUUCUAAUUGCAGGCCUAAUAUGAAUAUAAAUCAAAAUAAUUAACACUAGUAUGCCAGUUACAAAUGAAAUGUAAAAUAUAAACUCAUAAAAUGAUGAAUUAGGAGCAUUAUUAUAUCUACAGAAGUGAAACAUUCACAUAUAUACAUGUAUGCCAUCAUCAGUUUGUGAAAGUUUUGGAUCUUGUAUCAGAAUUCCACAGCGUGCUGUCACACUAUCAGAAGCAAUAUGGUUCAUUUUUAAUGUCUUUUUCAUGGUUAAGUUGAUUCAAGAUAGUGGUAGCGAAAACUUGUUUCUAGGUCACAUAUAUGUGGAACAGCUUAUUCUGAAUCUAGGAGUGGGCAUUCCUUUAUUGAAGGUAUCAGGCUUAUGUUUGACUUCGUUGAGUAUUAUUUAUAUUAAUAUCGGCAUAUUCCCGGAAUUUUGUGACUUUUCUUUUUUAACACCGACAAUUUUCCCGUAGCUUCUGAGUGAAGUUGUAUGUGCUGGUGUUUGGAAUGAAAAGCACGUAAAAUGCAGUUAUUUCACGAAGUUUGUAAAUGCCUCUUUAAACUUUCAACAGUAUGUGGGAAAACAUCAUCACUUCGUUUUUUUCCUGUCUGACUAAUUGAUUAAUUCAUAUUAAUCAUGACUUGUGUCAUCAGACAUUCUUCAUAUUUGAAGUAUGUGCACAGAAGCCUUAAAUAUCUCCAUUCUUGUUAAAGUCAUAGUGUUAACUUACAUUAUUUAUAUGUUUAAAAUACUUAAAUGUUAUUAAAGAGCCUGUUUUAGUCAAGGUUGCUAAAAAAAAAAAAAGGUGUGGGGAGGGGAGAGAUUGGAGUUUAAACUUAAAUUUGCUUUUUCUUAGGAUCUCUACUUUUUGAAAAUAAGGAGUUUUUUUGGAUAUGAAUGCUCCAACCAUUUUACUUCAGAUUAUAAAGCUGGUUGCUUUGAGUCUUUGUUUUUUCACAGGAUUUAUGGUACCACUAUGUGAAAAGAAGCAUCAGUAAUUGGAAACCAAAAUUGACUAUUAAAUUUGAUUAUGUAUUAGUUAGAAUCCCCAUGUACAAAAAAUUAAAAACCAGAAUUGGAAGCUGAAUUAUUUACACACGCUUCAAUUUGUUAAACAAAGGAAAUUUUAUUUCCCUAAUUUUCUGUGCAUUUAUGAUUUUGUGUGACUGAGAACUGAAUGCAGUGUGUUUGGAUAUGAAUGACAUUAACCUUUAGUCUGCUAGUGGCAAGUGAUCUUGCCUUUGCGAGCAUUGCAGACUAAGAUCAUGGUCUGUACUGUUCGCUAUUCAGUCAUUAAUUUUUCAGUGAACACCCCUUCAAAUGAUAAAUGCUACUGCCCUAAUUGAAUGAUGGACCAGCCUAUUUUAGAAAUUUAUCAGGUUAAAGGUUAAAAAUGUAACCUUGAUAAUAUAAGGAUUUUUAUGGAAGGUUAAACUAGGUAUGAUUGUCAGUAUUUUUUAAAAAAUAUACACAUAGUCAUUUUCUCUCCUAAAGUUUGGAAUCUGUAAAACACAGUGUUUUAAAUAUAAAGCUACUGUGGUUGAAACAUUUUAUAUGUUAUUUAGUAAUUGCUUUGUAAGUGUUUUGUGACGAGAUAUUUGAUUGUGUCAGUAUUUUAAGUGAUAUAUUUCUAAGAGAAAAAAAUGCGAAUAAAAAAACCCCUAUUGUUAGACUAGAUGGAAAGCUUUAGAUUAUCAUUGUGGAUGAAAAGUUUUACACACAAAAAAAGGAACAAAUAGAAGUGUACUUAUAUUUGACUUUCUUGUAUAUUUUGACACAAUAUAUCAGAUGUGCUUCUUAGAAUGCCUAUUUGUGCUACUGUAAACUCUGCAUGAUAAAACUUUUGAACAUUCUAAAAAAAAAAAAUGAUAUAAAGGUACUGGACCUAUAACGACAAUUUCAGUACGAUUCCAUAUUCUUGACUUUUCACAAGAGUCUAUCAGCGGGUGAAUGCUGAAAUCCCAUAGGAAGACUAUGUGAUCAAGUGGAAUUUGGCGACUGUCUUUAUGGGUCCACUACCAAAAUAUAAAAAAAGACGGAACUGAUACCUACAUGCCUUCCUGUAAAUGUCUCUUAGCUUUGACUGUGUUUGAGAAAAAGUUCUGUAUUCUGUAAAUUAACUUGAACUAAAUUUCUAGCUUUUAUAUUCUUCUUAAAUUAUAUUUGUCUGAUGGAGUGAGAUUUUUGUGUUUGUGUGUAUGUGUAAUCCAAAGAAUAGCAAAGUUCAAAUAGUAUUUUCAUACAUUCACCUAGAAUACAGAAUCAUAAUUAUGAUUGUAUGUUUCAGAGAUAUAUUUAACAGAACCGUUACCAUAGAGAUUUUUAUAAACGAAAUGUAGCCAGUAUGGUGGAAAUAUUUCAUUUUGUGAGUGAUAGCAUUAAGAAUAUUGUAUCUGAGAGGAUUAAGAGACAGUUAAAGAGUGUUGGUUACAAUUUGCACUGUUCUACCGAUGUGCUCAUUGUUUAACAGGUCUGUAUAUCACUGGGCAAUACAUGUGUUUGUUUUUUUUCUUGUAUUGUCUCAAUGUGUAAUAUGACUUUUUUCUGUUCUUGUGAAAAGUAAGUUUUACAGCACUAUAUAAUGUCAGAUUGACUGUAUAGGUUAAAAUCAGUGCGACUUAAAAGUGUGAUCAAUCAAAAGUAGAUUUAUUUAAAAGUGGCCAUGUUUUAAAAUUGUCAAAGAAAAUUUGUUGCCACAAUGAAUGGCCUGGUAACAGAUCGUCAGUAUGUUGUAUUUAUCUGCAGCAGUAUGACAGAAUUCUGGAUUUAAUACCGAUCCAUUUAUAAAAUAACAUUUAUUUACAUAACAGAAUUAAGCAGUUCUUUUAUUUACAUAACAGAAUUAAGCAGUUGGCUGUUUUAAUGAAUACUUGAUUGAAGACGGGAUUUUAUGUUGCAAAUCUUUAAUAAUCCGGUAUCUCUGCAACCAGUACUUGAGUGUCAGUUGUAAAGUAGAUGUGUAUAUUAUUGGUGUUAAGAAUUUCAAAUGGAAAUGCUACUAUGUUUCUGCUAUUUUAAGUGGGUUUGAGUGCUGAUUAUGUCUAAAAGUCCUUAUUUUUAUACAUUAUAGUAUUUUGAGUUAUAGACUAUAUAAUUUAUGUUACUUUGAUAAUUUGUGUACAAAACAUGUGUAUUAAAGUCAUUUGCAGUAUGUACAGUGUAGUAGUUUAGUGGUAUAUUAUUAUUUUUGUGUUUUACUCACUAUGCAGUUUUCGUAAUUAUUCAGUCACAGAGUACAACUUUUUUCUUUUCCUUUGAAUUUCUGAAAUGAACCAUGUUUUUUCCAUGGCAUUCCUUAGUUUAUACAGUUUUUUUCGUUUUUCGUUGAACUAAGGUCUGCAGCAUUGUGCGGAUUCGAAAUAAAAUCACACAGAAUGUGGUGCAUACAUCAUAAAUCUAGCUACCUUUUGUCUUGUAUAUUACCGACAGAAUUCUUUCUAAAACUGAUAUUAUGUAUUUAUUUGUUACUAGUGCUUUAUGGGAUAGAAAGCCAAUUCAUUGGAUACAUACAUUUCUGUAAUGCGUGGCAAAGCUUUGCAGAAAAUGUUGUAAUUAAAUUUGGCAGACAAUUAAGGCAUUGAAGAAAAUCUGACAUGCAGAAAAAAAGUCGUUUUACUGUAAAAACUAACAUUUUAAGAGGGAGUUCCUCACAUGGACACUGAUGCUAAAAUGUGAGAAAUGAGUGUUUGACUUUGUUCUUUAUAAAAAAUUAAAGAAAAUUGAAUGACUAAAAAGUUCCAUUUUUAACUUACAGGUAGUUGUGUUAUUUCAUUUGAAUAAUUAUAUGUAGAAAGUGAAAGGCCAUCAUCCAUUGUGAAGUACUUACAGAAAAAAAAUCGAGAAUCGGGUUUUAUCAAACUGUAAAGUUAUAAUGCAUAAAUUAUGCAUAUGAAUAUGUAACAAGGAAUCUCUGUGUAAAUAAGUACAACCUUUACUGGGAAUGGGUUUUAUAGGCUCGACAAAGGGAGACUAAUACUUAAAUAUUUCAUUCUAAAGCUUACAAUAGUUUAACCGCAAAAUAUAACCAUGUUUAUAUUUUUUUGCUGAAUCCCAUAGCAGUUGUUGAUGUAUGUCAAUGAGUGAUUUGUAGUAAUUGUAAGAAGGUAAUGUACAUGUAUUAUUUCAUGCUCUUACUCUUUCUUUUUAAAUGUUCAUUAAACAUUUGCUGGUGUACAUAGGACUUGCCAAUUACUGCUAAUAUAUUCUGUACAUUUUUCUUACUCAUUAAAACAUACCUUCAAAGGAAA